AUGAAUCUCUUUGAGGCAAAGUCGAAGUGGCUCUUGAUUGCUGUCUUCUACGCACUGAUCAACGACAGUUUGAACUGCACAUUCAGAAGUGUGACAGACAAUUUCAGCGCAUCUCUAAAAGGGAUUUACAAUGUCACCACUGAACAAGAGUGCUUGAGUAAAUGCUCUGUCGACCCGGAGUGCACCUUUUUGACUUAUUACGAGGGUAGAUGCGAAGUUUUUGAAGACGGUGAUGACGUUCAGGAUCUAGCGUCUGUCAGCAAAGCUUUCUCAUACUCAUUUGAAGAGCAUGAAACAUCUUGCCCAACUACAAUUGUAUCAAAACCGCAAAACUCGAGCAGGCCCAGUACGGCACCAAACUCAAUCAUGCACUGCAAAAGCUACCAUAAGCUGAUGUUUUAUGGGACUUUCAUCCUGACGAAGAAAAACUUGUUGGAGACACCGGGCAGUCCACGUGGUUGCAAUCCUGGAAAUGUGCCUGAAAACUGCAAUUGCACGUUCAAGAAGGUGGAUGAAUCAAAUGGGCGCUUAACCGUCACUGAUUAUGUGCUAAACCAACCAUGGACAUGGACUGUUUGUGGCGAUUAUAACGGUGUGGACGCACCGAACGCCAUUGCAGAGUACAUAUGUACGGAAACAGGCCAAUACGUCUAUGUGGUUGACAACGAAACGGGAGCAAAUCCCCAGUUUCCGGACUUUGUUGGCCUAGAACGUAUUAAAACCUCGCCCAUUUUCUAUGUGGGCGAAGUAUACUGCAAAUCUCCCUGA